AUGGUCCAAGGAGAAGAAAUUCUAGACGUAGACGAUAGUUUAGGAGAAUACCACACUGCUCAUGAGCUAUUCGAUAUAAUGGCCAAAAAUCACUCACAUAGUCUUGACGUCUUCGAUAGUAAGAUGUUCACACCGCGGGAUUUAGUUAUUUUGUACGAAAAUAUUGAUCUGGGAACAAAACUGAUGUCAGUUAACAAUGAUGCAAGAAAUAAGGCUAUUAAUAAAGCACCAAAUCAAUAUGUUGAAACGAUAAUAUACAACGAUGACCAAUCUGACGAUUCAGAUAUUUAUGAAAUUUACAGCAAUGAAGAUCUGCGUAACGUUUUUACUGUUAACAAUGAAAGAAUAAAUCUAUUAGGUGACAUACCCUCGUUUGAAAAUACACUUUGCCAUAAAUUUGGUAAUAUACAUAUGAAGAAAUCAGAUUUUUCAAAUGGAAAUAAAAACCAUUAUUUAUUCAAAGAUUCAUAUAUUAAAGAACAAUUACAAAGUUUUCAUGCAAUGACUAAUUCAAAACAAUCUGAUAGUUCAGUACUUCCAACAUCACUGUUAGAUUAUAUAUGCAGUAAACGCCUCGAUGAUAACUACAACUUUUAUAUGGACAAUGUAAUCAGUUACGUUCAAAACACUAUUGAACAACUAAAACGUAUAAGUAACGGAGAUUAUUUAACUGACAGAGUUAAAGAAAAGUGGAGAGAAGUUGAAAAUACGAAUAAUAAUACAAAUAAUAUUGAUAACGUUAUAGCUUUAUCAAGAACACAAAAUGUCCCUUUACCGUUCGUAGGAAAAAUAAGUGCUCUAAAGAGUACUUGGGACGAAAUAGUUCAUUCUGAAAUGGACGUUAGGUGUCUGACAAAACUUUUAGAGAAAAAAAUUAUUGUGGAAGUUCCGAAAAUACUUUGUGGUUCUUAUGGAUUUCUUAGUAAGCAUUUUAAGGAUAAUCUCACUCUAAGUUGCAGUACAGUCAAGAAUCUAACCACUGAUAAGGUUAAAGAUCGAAAUGCCGAUAUGGUUGUCUUAAAAUUACAAAAACCUGAGACUGGUCUUGUUAUUCCUAAUACUGAUUCCCUUAUAGUUCUGAAAACUUUAGCACCAUCUAUUGCAAAAAAUGAAAAACCUAAAAUUAUUGAAUUAGAAGGUAAUGAGAAAGAAAACACUGAAAAAAAUGUUACAUCAAAUCAGAUUUCUGUUGUGGAAGAAACAAGUCAAAAUCUUGGGCCGUAUAAUAUUCGUGAGAUAAAUGAAGAUUUGAACUUGUUACCUACAGACGAACUUGGUUACGCUAUUCGUCAGUUAAACAUACAAUCGUCCGUAUUAGAAGAAAGUGAAGUUUGUUCUUUUAAGAAAAAGAAAUCCCCUACAAGAGUCAGAAUAAAAUCACCCUAUGAAAAUAAGUCACAUAUUUUAGAUGAAAGAAAGAGGAAAAGACUGUUAGAGAUUAGGGAAAAGAGAGAAAAGAAAAAGUUAGCAAUGAAUGAAAAUUGUAAAAUAACAAAACACAAAUAUGCUAAAGGUGCUGUAAUGGCCCAGUCAUCUAAUUCUGUUACGAAAUUAUCAAUCACAAAUAAAUCUUUCUAUAAUUCAAUAUACGGACAAACUAAUACCGCUAAUAAAAAUUAUAGAAACAUUAUUAAAGAACAAAAACAAGACAAUAUUCCUGGUAUAGAUUUUCAGCAGUGUGAAGAAGAAUUGAAAAAAGAAUCGUCAAUAAUAUCAUCAGGAAAAGAUAGUAUUAAAUACAUUAAUCGAAGCUACUACUUAGAUGACGCGGAUACAGAAAUAACACACCUACAAAUGAAACCAAACAGUAUUCAAGACGAUAUAAAUGAGAUAUUAACACCAUCAACGUCUAUAAUUUCAAAUGAUGCUGGUAACUAUACAAGCAUAAAGAAUUUAAUAUAUUCGUCUACAACAGAUUUAAGUUGUACAGAUACUUCAAGCUUGCAACAAAAUAUUUUGCUGGAAGAUAUAACUGAAGGCACUAAUAUGUAUAAUCAAUAUCAAACAACAACAACAAACCUAGAAAUCGUUGUUCCUCGCAAUACUCCCAUACAUAAAGAUAGUAGCAAAAAUGAAGAGAACAAAAAGGUAACUGCGUCUGUUGAAUGCAGAAAAAAUAUUGACAAAAUUUACGAUUUGAUGAACAAAAUUACCGUAUCUCCAAUAACACACGAUAAUAAAAAAGUAUAUGAAAUUGUUAAUAUAAAUAAUAGUAUGGAAAAAACCCGGAUUAGAUUAAAUGAUGAAAAUAAUAGUCUUCGACCAAGCGAUAGUGAUACUAGUGUUAAACUUCAAAUAACAUCUUCAAAUCUCAGUAGUUUUGGUACAGAGAAAGGAAGUCGUGCAGCUAAAGAACCAAGAAAACCCAUGAGUAAGAAAACUGAAAUUUCUACUGCUGUUAUUCCUAAAGUGGUUAUAAACUCAAAAUAUGAAACUGAAAUAAAAGAUAAAACUAAGAAAGAAAAUAAGAAGGCUGAAUUUAAAGUGGCUGACAAUCCUUUAAAAGCUAUAUCUCAAUUACUCCACGAAUUCGACAAUGUUCAGAAAACAAGAUAUAUGAGUGUAAAAGACAAGAAGUUACUAAAAAAACCCGAAAAUAUAAGUGUAGGUUAUAAUAGCUCGAGACAGUUAGCAAAUAAAACUGCUUCGCAUGGAGCAAAACAUUCAAAACUCAAUGAAAAAGCGAAUACACGUUAUUUAAAGCCACUGAGUCCUACAAAAAUGGUAACAUUUUCUCAACAAUCCCCAAAAGAAGUCAAACCUGUACACAAGAAGAAACUAGCUGAUAUUAUUGAUGAGGUUAAAGAGUUGAAAGGAGAAGCCGUACGUGGACCUUCAAAACGAUCAUCAAGGAUAGAUAACUUAGCACAGCCAAAGAAGUCAUAUAUCCAAACACAUCAUGAAGAUUUCCCGAAUAGGCAUAGCAAAAACAUAACACCUAGAAUGCAAAAAUUUGUACCAAUACAAGAAAAAAGUACACGAAUAAAUUAUAAAAAUAGGCAGAGGGAAGGUAUGGAGACGUCAUCAAAUGUAGCAAAACAAUCGUGUAUAGUCGGAUCAUCUUUAGAAAAAACUGUGAAAACUAAACGGUCAGCCAAUAGUAGUCCAGUGGGAAAAGACAAGCUAGUGCCUGCUAACAAAUCGCCGAAAAACAUGGACAAUGAAACGAAUGCAUUAAAGAAAAAAAUGGUGGUUGUUGAAAAUUACCUAAAAAGUCAUUUUGGUGAAAUAUCAGCAACAUGCCAAGUAGGCGAAAAAAAACAAAAUAUAUCACGUGUUCCGUUGAUUCCUACUGAUAUUGAUAUCGCAUCAAUGACUUCAUCUCCUCUAGCAGAAGAAUCUACAACACUAGGAAAUAAAUUGCAUAAUAUGAUCAAUUCUAAGAUAAAUACAAAUACUCUAGCUCUAUCUGCUUCUACCGAAAACAAUAGUCUUAAAAUUAAAAUAGAGAGUGACGACGGGGUGGAGUCAGUUGAGCUUUCAAUGAAAUCAGACAUAACAUCUUCUAUUUCUGAUCAUCCUGUUGAUUUAUUUGAAGAUAAAAAUAUAAUUACAGCUGUAGCGUGUAUUUCUAAUGAGAAUAAUAAAAACAAAUUAGAAAAAGAACAUAAUGCAAAUAUGUUAAGACACGAAGUACAAGAGUUAGAACCUUGUAAUGAAGUAGAGAAAUUGGAAAAUGCUCUAUAUCGCCAGCUAUCGAAAGGCGUUUUUCAAAAGCGAUUAAGAAUGAAAAAUUUAACUUUAACACCUAAACAAUCUUUGGGGCAUAUGUUAGUUUUAGAGUGUAAUGACGCUAAGUCAUUAAUUGUGAAGUCAACAUUGUCGCAAAAUUUAGACGUCUCCAUGACAGAUAAAAUUUCCAAGAUAAAUAUACUACCUUUUAAAUUACCUUUGCAAAUAGCAACGGCAUUGUCUGAAAUAUCAAAUUUAACUAUUGAUAAUCAGCUAAGAACUUCCUCAAACGAGAAAAUAAUAGCUGAUGCACAGUUGCAUAAUGACGUUUAUAAAUCUCAAAACGAAAUAACAAUCAAAUCUGAAAAUCAAGUAAUGAAAAGCUCUGAGAAUAUUAGUAAUUCCACAUCAUUAGACAUUCUAGUGGGACUUUUGAAUGAAAUCGAGAGGAUUACAACUUGUCAGUCAGAUUUAAUCCCAUCUUCAAAUGAAGCAGAAAACAUUUCGGAAAGCAAUGAGUUUAAAGUUUUUCUAAACAAUGCAACUGCACCAGACAGUUCUGCUAGUCACAGUGUAAAAUGCUCUAUGUCAAUUUCUUCUCUUGACAGUAAACAAAAGCAUCCCAGUAUUUUUUCGGUGCAUUUACAAUCCAAUACUGAGAAUCAUAUAAAUAAUUUUAAAUCAAUUAAAGACUAUAAAAUAAUCGAAAACAUGACGUAUGUCAAACGGUUGCUUAGUGAUAAAGAAAUAAAUGUUCACAUUUCACCAAAUGAGUAUGUGAACAGAUGUACAGAUGUUCCAUCUCUAUUGUUUCCUAUUACAGUUAACCGCAGUACCAACGUCGUAAAAUCUGUAAUUGCUCUUGUUAACAAAAAAUCCAGUGAUCCAUGUUCUAAUUGUGUUAAUGUGCUGUAUUCAAACGCUACAUUUAACGAAGUCAAUCUUUUAUCAAACAUAAAUAAUCAAAUAUCGUUCGCUUCUUUGAAACCAGAUGAUAAAAAAAUACAAAAAAGUGUAACGAAAAGAAACGUAAUACAAAGCGUUAAGAUAACAACUGGUGAAAAAAUGAAACCUAUACGUAAUACUGGACCAAAAAAAAAUAUACUAAAUAUGAAUAAUUUUAAUACUCUUCAAGAAUUUGAUUCAUUAUUAAAAAUGAAAAGAGACAUAUUAGUGACUGUAUAUUCUAUUCUUGUAUUUACUGUAUUUGCGGCCCUAACUAUGCCUGAAAUUAUUUUUCCUGUGUGAGCGUAAAACUAAUUUAUACCAACUUUUGUUUUAUGUUUUGAAAUAAAAUACAAGUAAAUUUA